AUGCAUUUUCAUCAUUUCGAUUGCAAAAAAAGUAUUUCUUUUAAACAAAUAGAAACCACAAACCACCAAGAAACUAUAAACUAUGUUAUUAGUAGCAUUGAUCAGCCAACACUUGAAAAAAUUAAACAAACAGUUGUUUUGUAUAUACCACUUCAUCAACUUAUUGCACCAAGUAAAAAUCGAAGAGGAUAUCAAAUUCCAAAACCUCAAAAUAGUUUUGUAUUAUAUAGAAGGAACUUAUGUGCAUCAAUUAAUAAAACAAAUGAUGCAACAAACAAUCUUGCAAAUAAUAAAACAAAUAAUGCAACAAACAAUUUUAAAUUUAUUUCAAAAGAAGCGGCCAAAAAUUGGUCAAAAGAAAGUAAUGAGGUUAAGCAACUUUAUGAAUUAUUAGUGGAUUGUGCAAAGCAAGUUCAUAAUAUAGUGUAUCCUUAUUACAGAUAUAAACCAAAGCAUAAAUAUUAUUUUAAAGUAAAAUCAUCGCUUGCACCUCAUCUUUUUCCAAAAAAUUUAUAUACAUGA